ACACGUAUCAUUUAAAUUGUUGCACUUUAGAAAUUACCUGGUUGAGGAAUUAUUCAAACUUGAACAUAUGAAUUUUUACCGACUAUCUAAAUUGAAAUAUUUGAAUCGAAUUGACACAUCGUCAAUAAUAAUCAAUGAUUGUAGUCUAAUACAUAGAAUAUAGAUACUAAUUGGCUGAUAUUCUGAUGGACUGAUGUCUAAUGUCUAUCGUCCGUUUCUUCUUAAUCUAUGCUAUCGUCUGUGGACGCAACUAUUUUAGAUUGAUAAAAUUAAAUUGAUAAUUUGUUAAAACUGCUAUCUAUCCAAAAAUAUAAUUUAUAUAUUAUUAUCUAAUUUAUUUUAAAUAUUUAUAUCAGUUAACAGUUUGAUAAUAUUUGAUAAUUCUUGGAUGAGUACUGUUCGAUUUCAACGGUUUCCACGUGACAAAAAGAUAUUAAUUAUUUUGUCAUAUAAUCUAUAUGAUUAGUGAUUACACACUUCAAACAUAGAUAUAACACGGUUUAAAAAUUCUAUGUUUAUCGCCGACUCGGCGCCGAGGUUACAUUAGACAUUAGAAAAGAAGUGUAAUUACAAAAUAUACGAACUAUACAAUUUAUUUUGGUCUAGUGUCGUGUAGGGAUUAUAUUAUAAUAUAAUUUUGAAUAUUUUGGUUAUCUGUUUAGAUAUUUCAGUGAUUGGCGGUUGUACAUAUACUCCUAGACUCUAGAGCUUAGAUUAUGGAACCACAACUGGCAAAUGAAGCCGUUCUCAAAAAAAGUGUUGACAUUUCCGAAGGAAAUCCUAUUGUAAAAGGUUAAACUGAUUAUUAUUAGCAUGAUUUUUGUUACUUUUACUUUAUUAUUCACAGUGUAAUUCGUUUAUUAAAAUAGGUUACGAUUUUAACAAUGGAGUCAAUUAUGAACAAUUACUAUCAGUUUAUCGAUAUUCUGGUUUCCAGGCCACAAAUUUUGGAUUAUCUGUAGAUCAAAUUAAUAAAAUGGUGAGAUAAAAUAAUUUUGUAAUUGAUACAAUUAUGUCUUCUUUUCUUGUGUUAGCAUUUUAACAGUCUAAAGGGUGGCUUGUUGGUAGUUCUUUAUUAAUGCGCUCUUCAGUUUUCUCUUUAAUUUAUUUUAUGUUUAUAAUUUAUAUUAUCCUGAACUUUUGGCUCAUAUAAUUGAGUGAUAGCCUUUCUUGGCUAUUUUUCCCUUCUAUGGAUCUCUUUAUUAUACUUCUUAGUAGAUUGUUUUGACAAUAUGAUAAAAAAAGUAUAUUUCCUAUGCCAAUAAAUUUCAAUAAUAUAAUUUAGGUGAUGCUAUAAAUGCCCAGCCAUUAAAAUUACUAGAUAAUGUAUUACCUUUUAAAGUAAACCCUGUAUACAGGGUGAUUAUAUUCCACUUUUAAGUUUAAGUAAGAGUAUAGUAGUGGAGUAUCAAUUUCGUAGCGACAUGGCAUGUGCAUUUUAUAAGUGUUCCACUACUCUGUCCCUACCUAAACUUAAAAGUGAAAUAUCUCGUCAACGAAUUGAUGGAAAUCAAAAAUUUUAAUACCAAAAUUUAAAGUAAUACAUUAUUUAGUUGUGAAAUUAUUGAGAAAAAGGAAACACACUAUAUAUAUAUAUAUCCAUAAAAGUAAAUAAAUUUGAAUUGAAAAAAAGUAGACUAUUUUAAAUUCUUAGAUAUGAAGAUAAAUUUUAAAAAAUAAAACCAAUAUAACAAAUGAAGUUACUGAGAAUUCUAGCAGGAAAUAAAUGUCAUUAUGAACUUAUAAUCUUAUUAAUUGCACAAUCACUGUCAAGAAAAAUGUAAAAACAGUUAUAUACAGCCAUAAUACAAUUGGUUAUAUUGUACUGAUUUGAGUCAUUGAGAAAAAUGAAUGAAAAUAAAUUAUUUAUACUCAAAAAACAAAAAAAUUUUGCAAUUUAUCUUUAGACCAAUAAGGGAUAGCCUGACCAGAAAGUGGAACUGAAGGAAAAUAAAGAGUUAGAAAAUAAUGUAUUGAAAAAAAGGGCAUUUCAGAAACUAUCAAAAAAGUAAAAAUAUUAUAAGCUAGAUAUGUCUGAAGAAGUCGAAACUACUAAGGAUAUUGCUGUAAGAGAAACUGAAAUAGAAAAGGCCAAUAAUGAGGCAGGAAGAUGUUGAAGCUUAAGAGAUGAACCAAAUUAAGAGAUUUUUAUGAUGCAUAGAGAUAGUUGGAGAAAUUAUUGUGAAACAAAAUGGUCUUAGAAGCCAAAUUAGUCUCAAGAUAAAAUAAAUUUGAUUUAAAAGACACUAUAUUUUACCAUUGCCAUAACAUUAAUAAUAUUUAAAGCCAUGAUAAUAUUAAUUAUACAUUUUAUUUUAUUUUCACAACUAGAAGUGCUAUACUACUAUAGUAUGUCUUUGUAAUAGAAUAUGUUAUAACUAGAAAACAUAGUGACUGUGGCCUACAAAUUAAGAUUAAUGUAGACAAUUUUCUUGGUAUUUUGGUUUUUUUUUUUUUUUUGUGUAAUAUUGUUUAUCUUUAAAAAACAAUUUAUUUUACUCAAAAUGAGUAAUAGUUUCAAAAAUUACCUUAUGUUCAAUAUUUAUCAUCCAUUUAUAAGUAUAUAGGUGUUUUAUUAUUAUACAUUUAAAUGUUUGGCUCUUAAACUUUUUUUUCAUAAUUAUUGCUGAAGACUGGAAGUGACAUUAUUACCUAGGAAAUAUUACUGAAUCCAUAAUUUUCUAAUUUUGUUGUCCAAUAUCAAUUCACAUUCCUAGUCAAUAACAUAUAUAAAACUAUGUAAUCAAAAAUUAUAUUAUUCAUUAAACAUUAACAUAAAUCCUUAAUUUACAUUAUUAAUGGUAAUGUAUAUAAUAUAUAUUUAUAAAGGUAUAUAUGUAUGUUUUUUUAUUAAUUUAUUUUUCAUUAGCUAGAUGAAAGAGAAAAACCAUUUGAAGAAGAUAGCCAUGAAGAAGAUGAAUUUAUUAAACGCAGUUCAAAUUGCACUAUAUUUCUUGGUUAUACAUCAAAUAUGGUUUCUUGUGGCAAUAGAGAUUCAAUACGCUUUAUUGUGCAACACAAGAUGAUAGAUUGUAUUGUUACAACUGCUGGAGGAGUUGAAGAAGACCUAAUUAAAUGUUUAUCUCCUACAUUUAUAGGAGAUUUUGAAUUAAAAGGCAGUACUCUCCGUGAAGAUGGAAUCAAUAGAAUUGGAAAUUUAUUAGUUCCUAAUAAUAAUUAUUGCAAGUUUGAAGAUUGGGUGAUGCCUAUAUUAGACAAGAUGCUUGAAGAACAAAAGUUUAAAAAAGUUAGUUUUGAAAAUAUAAUUUCACAUAACAAAUUUAAUUAUUUUAAAUGGUUUUUUUAUUUUAGAAUGUUUCUUGGACUCCAUCUGAAAUAAUUGAACGAUUAGGAUUAGAAAUAAAUGAUGAACAAUCAAUAUGUUAUUGGGCAGCCAAAAAUAAAAUCCCUAUAUUCUGUCCAGCUUUAACUGAUGGUAGCUUAGGUGACAUGAUGUACUUUCACUCCUUUAGAAAACCUGGUCUUAUUAUUGAUAUAUUAAGAGGUAAACCAUAUAAUAUUUUACUCUAGUUUUAUCAUUAUUACUGUUUUAAAUGUAAUACAUUUUUAAAAGAUUUAAGAAGAUUGAAUACUAUGGCAGUUAAAGCAGCAAAUAGUGGAAUAAUUAUAGUUGGAGGUGGAGUUAUUAAACAUCACAUUUGCAAUGCUAAUUUGAUGGUAGGUUCCACUAAAAUUUUUAAAUACUUUAUACCUUGUAUGAAUUAUUGUUUAAAGUGCAGUAUUAAAACAAAAUCAGAUUUUUAUUUCUGAACUUUUUGGCCAAAUUUUUUGUUAAUCAUAAUAAUCAUUCGCACAAAUUGUUUCACAAUCAUCUAAAUCUAAUUAUUUAAGAAGCAUGGUUAUACAUUUUAGAUUCUGAGUGGAGCAAAGGAACUUAUAGUUUCACAAAGAUGUUUAUAUUUUUUUUUAUCUGUGCACAACUUUUCUACUAGAAAUCUUACUCCAAUUCACAAUGAUAGAACUUUUUUUGAAAGGUAAUCUGACUGUGAAGGUAUUAAAAGAAGAUAAUUUUUUAAUUUUCUCAGGAGUUUUCUCAUCAAAUGUGAAAAACUGAGGAAAAACAUAGUAAAAUCUGAAUAUUGAACAAAUAUUAAUUAAACAAGUAUAAUAAUUAUAUUGUAAUGCAUAUAAUUGCAAUUAUUUUUCCAUAAUAUGAAAUAUGUACUGUUGACAAAGCAUUACUAUCAACUGAACUCCAUUCAGAAUUGUUUUUUCAUUAGCAAUGGUUUAUUGUUGCUUACAGAUAUACAUUAAAUUACCUAUAAGAAUGGCUGCACCUGUCCCCAUUAUCCUUUUUUUUUUUUUUAUAUAGUUUUAAUAUCUAAUUUAUUUAUUCAGAGAAAUGGUGCUGAUUUUGCUGUAUAUUUAAAUACCGCAUGUGAAUAUGAUGGUAGUGAUUCUGGAGCCCGGCCUGACGAAGCUGUAUCUUGGGGAAAAAUUAAAGCCAGCGCUUCACCCGUGAAAGUAAGUACAUAUAUUGUACUGGUUUAAGUCAAAUUUAAAUUUCUAUUAAAAUUAUUUUAGAUUUAUGGUGAUGCAACACUCAUAUUGCCUCUUUUAGUUGGAGAAACCUUUGCAAAAAGAUAUCACAACAAAAAAAAUUUAAAGUAAUAAAUGACAUUUACUUGACAAUAAUAAUUGAUUUUUUUAUAUAUAUAUAAUUGUAUAAGAAUUACACAAUCUAUAUAAUAAAGCACAAUAAGUAUAUGUGAGAAAGGGAAAAACCAUUAUUGGGGUUGCGUGAGGAAGGAGCCACCCAUUGAUAGCACUUAGCUUGGAAUUAAAUUAUUAGGGUUAAAUCAAAAGAUCUCUACACCAUUUUCUCUUGAGUCUAUGAUGGGGAUUCCCAAAAAGUGACAGAAUAUAUAAUUUUUUUAUCGGAGGAUUUUCGUGGUUUUCUAGUAUUAUAAAAACGUUUAUAGAAAACAAUGGCUUCUUCUUCAACUGUUUUGAUGCCUGGGUCUUGAUGAAGGGUCUGAUUAGAGACAAAGGGGCGGAUCAUUAGUGAUUUUACGACAUGUUAUAUUUUGGAAUGCCUGUAUUUUAUUUAAAUUUGCCUUUUUUGUAGAUCCUCAGAAGUUUCCCAUAGAUUUCAUACAUUCAAAUAGGUUUUAGAAGAGAUUUGUAGGUUAGGUUAUAGGAAUAGUGUAGGAGGAAGAAAUUUACGGACUUUGAAUAGGAGACCUUCAUGCCAGACUCUGCCAAAAGUCUUGGAGAUCUCUAAAAGGGCACAGGUAUAGUAAUAUUUAUUUUCGAGUAAAGUAGUGAUUGCAUCCAAUACUCUAUGGACUUAAUGUAUUGUGUUGUGUUUGCCUCUGAAACCAAAUUAGGAAUAUGGGACUAUAUUGUUUGAUAUUAAGUGGAGGAUAAGUCUUUUACAAUUUUUUAAAAGUAUGUUUAGAGGCUUAUAGGUUUCUAAUAUGGUGGAAUGUCAGGAGAUUUAUCUGGCUCAGCAAACAUUACUAUUUGUGAAAACUACCAGAGCGUAGAGAGUAUGAAAGUCAAAAAAGCAUUGGAACUGUAAGUUAAAAGUAUAAUGGCUUUGUUUAGUAGGCAGUUAGCAACAUUAGCCAUUAUCAGAUCAAAUUCUGGGGAUUUUUUACGAGAAUAUUUCAAGAUUAUAUUUUUUACCUUCUUGGGUAUGAAAUAUUUUUUUUUUGGCCAGCAUUUGAUAAGAUAGAAUCUAAACACUUUUUGAUAUCAUUAAUAUGUUGCAGGAUAUAAAUAUCCUCAUGGGAAUGAAAGGUUUUGGAAAGAUGGGCUUGAAAUACUUCUACUUUUUUAACCUCUGAAAUGGCAAGCCAAUUGUCAGCAUUUAGCAGUGGAAAAGAAACAGUUUUAUUUUAAAGUAAUUACUUAGUUUCUUUCUAUAGACUCCCAUCAAUGACAGACAGACAGUAUAAUUUUUGUUUGAGUGCAUAUGAUUUAUAUUUUGCAAGAGUAUUUUUCAAAGAGUUGGUGAGUUUAUUGUAAGCUGAUUUAUAAGAUGGAAGUCUAGUGGUUUGGUAUUUGAUUCUAGGUCUAUAUUUUUCUACUAUUAAAUGUAUAUGAUCAGACACCAUCAGAUAAUUGAUGAUUACUGAUCCCAUCAGGUUUAUUGUAUUUAUAUAGUCAAAUUAUUUACCGCUUUAUCAAUAUUAUGGUUUGACUUAAGUUUAACUUUUAGAUUAAUUUGUUGGUUAGGGAUAUUUUGAAAUUUUAGACGGUCAGUUAAAGGAGAAAAUAGUUUUGGCAGUUCAAUUUGAGCAAAAGCGGUGAUGGAUACAUUGAGUAACACAUGAAUGAUCGGAAUUUAAAUCCAAAAUAUUAGUUAAACCAUGUAAAUUGCUCGUGAUUUUGGUGAUAAAUAUAUCUAAAAUAUCAAAUUUUUAGGUGGGGGAGUAUGGCCAAUAGGUAGGGUCUGGCAAUGAGAGUACAUUGGGAUUAUUUACAUUAAUACAAUUUUAUAAGACAGUGCCACAAGGGUUAUUUGAGUGAUAGCCCCAAGAAUUUUACUUACAUGUUGAGUCUUAUUUGGAAAUACUGGUUUUGAGGUAAAUGAGUUUAAAUGACUAUUUUUUUUAUUAUUAUUAUUAUUAUAAGCAGCUUUCUGCGGUGACUUCAAUUUAUUUGCAUUAACAUUUACUGUCUUAUUUUUAUUAUUUUGAUUUUUAAAUAUUUAAUUGUGCUCUUUUAAUUGGUUGUACGGAAUAUGCAGACACGUUAAUUAGUGCGGAGUGGAGUAGAUUAGCCACACAACCAAAGAUCACUGGUAUGGCAAUGCCUUUGAAUGAGAUUAAGUAUAUUAUAUAACCAUUACUGCGAUGUGUAAUUACUUAGUAAAUUUAAUUUACUUUUCAAAAAGAAGAGCUAGUUUAUGAGACUGGAAAACACUGGGAUCAAUAACUGCUUGAAAAACUGUGUUGAUUGAUGUAAGGUAUGAAUAAUUCCGAUGGAUUUAAAUGACAUUAAUUCACACAUAACAUAAACCCUUUUCCAACAUGCAUAAUCAUAAUUUAUCAUUACUAUUUUAGCAUUUCCAGUAAUUUCAGAACAGUUUAUAACCUAUUAUAAAAAUAAUGAUGGGCAAUAAUAAAUACUCGGUCACAGGAAAACUUUUUUAGAAAAAAAUACUUUGUACUAUAGGUGGGCCACUGUUGUAAUUGGGAAAUUGGAAAGGUAGAAUAUAUAAGGUAAUUUAUUUAUAUUUGUACGCAAUGAUAUAUUGUUACAAAUAAAAAAUGAGUCUUAACUAAGUUCUGUUAAAUAUGUUUAAUGUGUUAAAAUAUUUCUAUUUUUUAUAAUUAUCAUAAACUUUUGAACUUAAAACUCGAAACAAUCUGGAAAAGUAUUUAAAGAAUAGUCAUUGACAACAUAUAGACAUGAUACAUUCACCCUCAUAUAGAGUACUAUAAAGCAGAAUUUGAUGACUUAAACUCAACUAUAACUCAACAAAAAAGUCCCUAGAAGCAAUAUUUUUGGUAAAAACAUUGUUUGCAAAAAUUAAAAAAAAAGGAAUCAUGAACUCCACUCUGUGCCGUAAAUAUUUCACUCGCUAAUAUAUUUUGUACAUUUCCCCUUUUUUCUGUUUUUUAAGUUUAACUUAUUUGAUGAGAAAAUCAAAUGACUCCAAUUUCCUUUCAAAAAGGUGCUACACUUAAAAAUCUGAGCAAGCUGGUAGAAAAGUUGUACACAAAUAAAAAAAAAAAUAUCUUUUUAAAACUGUAAACUUCUUCGUCUUACUCAAAAUCUAAAAUAGAAAAUUGCAGAAAACAUUUUUCUGUAAAUAUUUCCCAUAAUAAGUCAACUACAAGAUCAAUUUAAAAAAAUAACCCCUUUAAUGCAUUAAUUAAAUCCAAGAUGAAAUUACACUAAUUUGCUAUUUUACAAAUUUUGUUUCUGAGUAAUAAAUUGUUACACAUAUUAUGUUUGAAAAUCAAAAGCAAAUUAAAUUUUUUAUUAACUACUUUAUAAAUAUCCUUUAAAAAUGUCCUUGGUAUUAGUUUUUGAGGCAAUAAAAAAUUUCAAAAUUUAAAAUGGUUUUUAUAAUUUUUUUUUUAUACUAUGUCUAUUAAAAAUACUAUGAAUUGUAUCAAUUAAUUGAAUAUUACCAAAUUAUUCUAUAAAAAUAAACUAUAACUUUCCAAAUAUGUAUAUAGAUAUGAAAUUGUAUAAAACAAAAUUCUAAUAAUGAAAAAAAUGAUAAUAUUGUUCAUAUCAGGUCAAUAAAAAAAAAAAAAAAACUAAUAUAAUAUUUAAACUCCAAUAACUAGUUUUAUAUGAUAAAAUUAAAAUUGCCCCUUUUUUUUAAUACGGAAUCCAAAGAUACUAUAUGGAAUUUUAUUGAAAUAAUUAUAUUACUGUAAAUACUUUUUUUAUGUUUACAUUAAAUACACAUUAAUUAUAUAAUACAAAUAAUUGUUAAAUUAAAAUGUUUAAUAUCACAUUAUAAAUCAUUGAAUGACAUUGUAGUCAUAAUAACAAUAAAAUAUAAAUGCAAUUAUUGAAAUGCAUGGUAAAUAAAAUAUUUAGUUAUAAAUUAUCAAUUAAAUAAAAUAUAUUAUAACAAUAAAUAUAAAUUAAAAUAGUUAAAGUUUAGCAUAAGCAUGAAGAAUUAAUCAUCCCAAUCAUCAUCAUCAUCUUCACUAGAAUCACUAGUACUACUGUCACUGUGGAUAACUCUAGCUCGAUCAGCUAAAGCUCUAGCUAAUGCUCCAGCUAAACCAUCACCUUCUAAGUUAUUUACACUCUUCUUUUGAAUUGGUUGAACCUAUAAAAUACAAUUAUACAUUAUUUUUUAUUUUUAUCAUAAUUAUAAAAUAAUAUAAUACCGAUUUCAAUUCUACGCCUUGUCUUAUCUGAUCAAGUAAGUUACUUCUUGAACUUGGUAAAGUAGAAUUAGAAUCUUUUACAGGAUUUGAAGUAUUGACAUGCUAUAGGACAAAUUAAAUUUUUAAUAAUUCAAAUUAUUUCACAAAAAUAAUAUAGUACAUUAUACCUUCAAUGUAGUACCGGAUCUGAUAGCUUCUAAAAGUGCAGAUCUUGUAUCUGGUACAGUUUCAACUGGUUUAUUUAUUUUUGAUAAUUCUAUUUGUGGCGGUGGAGGAGGUGGUGCUGUUACAUUCAUUAGUGGUGGUGGUGGCGGUGGAAUGAAAAAAUCAUCUAGAAGUAUAUAUUAUAGUAUUCAAUUUUUUUUUUUUUUAAUGAAGUAUACUAUCUAUUUUUUUGGCAAAAUAAAAAUAGGUAUAUGAUAAAUGAAUGUGCAUGCACAUUCAUUUUGAAAUUUUAUAUAUUUUAAUUAUUAAAACAUCAAUUUCUUUUUAGUAGUCUGGGGGCACCAGAAAUUGUGGAUGUGGCUAAGUUUAAGGAUGUUGAAAGGGGAAGACAAAUUAAGAGUAGAAUCUUUUAUAAAACACUACUGUUUUAUUAUGCAGUUUUAAUUAUUAGGUCUGUAUGAAAAGUUAGAUUAGCAACAUAGGAAGGGCGUUAGUGAUUUUGCUAAUGGCAAUAUAAAGGUUUGGAUUUUGUUGAAAUUAGAUUCAACAUUGCCUUAAACUGAAGACCAUAAUACGUAAUAACUGUGAUUAAAAUGAAUAGACAAGUUUAUUUAACCAAACUCUGCGUUUCUACCAUUCUACCACAAUAUUAUCUAAUAAAUAGUGACUUUGACAUGUUUAUCAUCUUUUAUCAAGGCACUGAUAUAAAUAACUGGUAAAUGGCAAUUGUGCAAAAAUGAUACUUAUACAACAAAACUAUUUUAAGAAACCAUUGUUUAUAUUUUAUUUUUUGGGGGGAGUUUUUACGUUAAAAAUUAUUAGGGUCUGUUAUUUUACACUUCAAUGUUUUACAAUCCGGAAUCUCACAUUCCUGUGUUUUACUUUCCAGUGGUAUAAUGCCAACAAAAUAAUAAUAGAAAAUUUAAUUUUAUAUGUACACAUUACCUUGUUUUUUAACUGGAAUAGUCACAUUGUUCUGCCGUGGUGGUGGUGGUGCUGGACUUCUAACAGGUGGUAUGUUACUUGUAAGGGGUGGAGGAGGUGGAGCUUGGCGAAACCUAGUUGGCAAGGGAGGAGGAACUGGAGAGUCCUGAACAGCUUCUUUAAUAGCAUCCAUACCACCAUGUUUAUCAAUAAAAUCAUAAAUAAAAUCACGAGUCUGAGGAUUUCGUAGUUGGCUUUCUGAAACUCCAGCCUAUUAAAAAAUGCAUUCAACCACAAAUAAUUUAAAAUAAAAACAUAAUCAUUUAAGCAUAGUAUCCACAAACAAAAAGAUUAAACUAUCAAACAUUUAAAUUUAAUACCUAAACACCAACAUUUAAAUUGAAUUUUUUAUGAAAAAUAUAAUGACUUUCUGUAUUAAUAGAUCUGUACAGAAUAUAUACCAUACCUUUGCAAAAAAUUUAUUUAACUGUGGAUCUUUUAUUUGACCUAAAUCAAAUCCUCUAUCUGGAUCCCAACCAAUAUGUUGCACAUGUCUGAAAUUUUCGGGUAAACCAAUUUGGUCUUUAGUAUACUUCUUGUUUUUAGAAGUUUUGCCUUUAUUUUUAUGAAUUUUACCUGCAAGAAUAUUAAAAAAGAUUAUAAAAUCAUCAUUAUUGUUAUUAUUUAAUAACAAAUACCUACCAUUAAUUUGAAGAGGUGGUCCAUAUGAACUAUUAGGUACAGAAGUUUGCGAAACAUUAUUUUGAUUAUUUUGCAACUUAGAUCUUUGUUCUAAAUAAUAAUAACAACAAUAAAUUAUAAUUAUGAGAUUGAAUCAUAUACAGAGUGUACUACUCUGUUUGACGUAUUUUAUAUCCCUGUUAAUAAUAAAUGUUUCGUUUUCAAUUAUAUUUUCUUUCAGAGUAAAUAUUUUUAGAAAAUACAUUUUUUAUUAUCAAUUUUUAAUCACAGAAGAAAAUAACUUAAUUUAAAAUAAUUAAAUAAAAUAAAAUUUGUAAUAGAUAUUUUUCUCAAAAUUUUAAUCUACAUACACAUAUAAUACACACACAUCUAUACAAACUGUCACCUGACAGUUAUCAGUUAACAUUCAGUCAGUAUUUAAUUGUAUUAUUACAAUAAACGGGUUUCUUUUUAUUCUGUAACUAAUAAAAAUUAUUUAUUGUGUUAGAAAUUAAAACAGCUAUAACUAAAUACUAAAAACCCAUUGAUCUGAUAUAAAUGUUUUUUAUACAUUAAAAUUUAUAAAUUAUUAUCUUAUAUAAAAUGGCUAUUUUUAAAAUGUAAAAAUGUAAUUAUUCUUUUAAAUUGCUUAAUCUCCAUAAAAGAAAUCAAAAAAAAAAGAAUAUUAUUAUUACAGAUAUUAACAGUAUUUUAUCUCUGUUAAAAUUAUUUUUUUCUUUUGAACAUAGUGUACCCAGCAUUAUAUUACAAAGAUAUAUAUGUAUGUAUAAUUUUUUUUCAAAUAUGUUGAUUAUAUACUUCAUCCUUUAUUAAAUAUAAUAAUUAUUCACAUAGCAUCAAAAUUGCAAUAACAUAAUAAUAAAAACUUAAAAAAAAAAAGUGAUAUAUUUAAUAACAGUUUAUUGCUUUAACUCAAACUUUCAAUAUUUUCAAUAAGAAUUUUAUAUAUUAUUAUUGAAUAUUUUUAAAUCAAUUUGUUAUAUCACCAGUAUCAUAUUAAGAAAUUUUGCACAACGUGUGAUUAAUUUUAAGAGUUCGCUACUUUGUUUUAUGAUCACUUUAAAAAAGUAACUUUCAUUUUAAUUUUUUAACUCUUAAUUAUAUUAAGAACAAUUGUACAAAGUAUAUUAAACACUUCUGUUACCUUAUUAAUUACUUAUUAUACUACACCAACUCUAUAGUAAAUGUACUGACUAAAGUGGUUGUCACUAUUGCUCCCUCCACUCCCACUAUAAGUGGCCCUGUAUGACAAAUAUUUUGAAAUAUUGAAUUUACUAACUGACCAAUAUUAUUACCUUUUAAAUUUUGUCAUAAAUUAAUAAAAAAAAAAACUCUAUUUUCUGUAUUUUAUUGUAACUAUAUAAAUAUAAUACUAAUAAUAUUUUGAAAAAUAUUAAUUCAAAUAUAAGAUCUUAUAGAUCAUAAAGAUAAAUAAACAAGUAUUUUUAAUGAAAUUCAAUUAAAAAAAAAAGAAAAUUCAAUAUCAAUUGAACAUCAAUAUGUUAUGCACAUUUUUAUAAAUAAUGUAAAUAUUUCUAAAAUUAAAAAACAUUUAUAAAUAGGGCUAUGUUACCUAAUCUUUUCUCUCGUCUUCUUCUUUGUAAAUUAACUAUAGUUUCUUCAAACAUUGUUGCUUCUUCUUCACUUGCAUAAUUGAAUCCAACAAUGCACUCCUAAAUAAAAUGUAUGAAAUAUAGAUAGUAUUCAUAAAUACAAUUUGUAUUUUUCAAUACAAACAUGACAUAUAAUGUGUUAGAUUAUAAUAAAUAAAAAAUAUUUGAAUUUAUUUAUUUAUUGUACCUCUGCUUCAAAACAAUGAAAGAAUUUGGCAGGAGUUUGAUAAUGUAAUCCAUUAUACAUUUCAUGUUCCCACAGUAGUUGAUGUCUUAUAGGACAAUAUAAUCGAAAAUAAUAUGAUUUUCUAUUUGGAUCUUUAACAAAACUAAGAAUGCCAAAAUUCUUUUGACGCCAUUCAGUACCUUCUGGGCCAUCAGUACUAAAAAACUGGACGACAGCCAUGGAUAAACUCUAAAAACGUUAAAAGCAUAGCCAAAUCAAAUUAUAUAAUUUCAAUAGUAUGGAUAUAUAAAAAUAAAAUUAAGAGUAAAAAAACGUUAUAAAUUUACUUGACAUUUUGGGCCGAGUAGUUGUAAUACAGAAUCGUUUUCAUCCUUGCCUAAUAGCUGUGAACACUUUUGAUCAUUAUAUAAUCCCGGUUUCAUCAUGAAUAUUGUUUACGUCAAAUUUUCCAAAAAAAAAAUAUCGAAAUAUUAUUAAGGCGUACCUAUUAAGCAAUUAAAAAUGUAUGAAAUGCAAAUACAAUUUAUCGAAAAGUGAUUAACAUGAUUAAAUAAACCCUAUUUGGUCAUGGUGAUAAAUGAAAAGUAAACAUUGAUAUUUUUUUAGUUAUUGACAUUGAGAUAGAUAAGCUAUUAUUCUUACAUUAUCUAUGAUAUCGAUGAUUAUUAAUUAAGUGGGAAGGGAUACUAUAAAUAUAUAAAACAAUGUUGUUUUAUAUAUCUGUGGAGGAUACAGUACCUAUCUGGUUUUAGUUGUUUUCUAGUUGUUACUAACUGAUAGCUGACUGCUAUAGUCUAUACGUAUAAAAUACAUAGAUAAAAGUGAUAAAGAUGAUAAAAUGUCGCCAACAAAAUGGUCACCAAUCGUUAUCUGAGAGGUGAAUGUUUACAAAUUAAACUGAUAUGAUAAGUGAUAAGAUACUAUUUUGGAAUUUUACUAUACAGUGAAUAAUGCAUAUAAUAUUUGACCCAUAGGAUAAAGAUUAAAGAAACAUGAUUCAGAGUGGAGCUCGGUUAAUAGUAGGUAUUGGUUUAUUACAAAAAACUGUAAUUUGAAAAAUUGUAUUUUUCAGGUUUUCCAAAAGUUAACAAAAACUGGAUGAAAAAUGAAAUCAUAUGUAGUUUAGACGCGUGUUUAUGUACAAAAAAAAAAUUUCAAUUAUUUUACAUAGGUAGGUGUCGAUUCUUAGACCACAAUUUCUACGACUCGUGUAAUUAGCUACAGUCAAACGCGAGAAAUGUCGGAAAAACAAAUAGGUAUUUAAGGUAACAGAAUUAUAACUACAAACAUGAAACUUCAAAUUUAUUGAAGUGUUCCUCCGAUCUAGUGCAUUGAUGACGAUGGGGGGUUUAGGUAAUUUUAUGAUAUUCCUUGUACUUAUUUAUGGAAAUAAAAACCUUUCCCAUUUUUAAACAGAAUUUCUUUCAAGAACACAAGGUUUAUUUAUAAGCUUUAAUAAAUUUGAGUUGAAUGUUUUUCGUUAGUAAUGGUUUAUUGUUGAUUACAAAUUUAAAUUAAAUAAUUUAAUGUGUCAGACUUUACCAAAAUAUACUUCCCACCCACAACGGUGGCUGCACCCGUCCCAGCAUCAGAUAUUUUUUUUUUAAUGUGUAAAUUUCUUUUAAGAAAAUAAGUCCGUCGACGAAAAGGCUAGUGUAAAUUGAUUACAGCGAAUCGGCCCAUAGGCGAAGUGUCCUAGACCCAUAAUAUAUAUCUCAAUUUGUAAUAUAGAUAAUAUCAAUAUACGUGGUCCGUGCUAUAAAAUGAAGUACUUAUAGUUUAUACUUUAGACAUAACCAAAGUGGAUUAAUAAGGUAUUAAGGUGUAAUUUUCAUUUUCACCUGCUCGCCUAAUAAAUCAAGUAGUUUUUUCUUAUUUUCUCCGAUAGUAGACAGUAGACAACACUGAAAUCAAAUAUUUCAUAUUGUUUUUACUUACCUUAUGUGUACCUAUAUGUAUCAGAUUUGUAUCUAUAGCAGUCGUUCAACAAUAAUUCCAUAAUAUUGAAUUAUCAUAAUGUUUAAAGUAUAUAAAGUAAAUUUGUUUAUAUUUUCUACCAAAAUAUUUCUAAAAUAGAAAAACAACAAAAGAGUUUUUUUGUUGAAUUUUUAAUCUAGUUACUGAAUAAGAUCUUUUUUAAUAUGCCCAGUAGUUUUUUAAAAAAUUAAGCAAAACUGAAAAAACUCACUUUUUAUCAUUUUUCAGGAGAGCAGUUUAAAGUUUUCUAAAUUAAAUUCUUAUUCUAGAUUUCAACUUUUUAAUAUUGAGCUUUUUCAAUAUUUUUAGUUUUAGUGUUAAAUGGGAAAUCACAAUUGUUUUUUUUUUUAGUAUCUUUUUAUAAAUGACCGUAAGUCAUAAUUAGGCUAUUUUAUUUGAUUUUCAUCCUUUUUCUACAGGAAAAAAAUUAAUUAUGAGGAAAAAAAAAUGUUUUAAUAAUAUUAUUAUAAACUAACUCUAGUUUUUAUAAUACAUAAUAUUCUAAAUUGCAAUCGGAAAUAAAUAAAAAUAAAUCUCUUAGUAAUUUUAUAAGUCUUUAUUAUAAUUUACACGUCAUAUUGAAAAAAAAUUGUAGUAUAAAACUUUAAAAACAAAGUUUAAUAAAAAUCAACACCAAAACAAUCUAAGAACUAACACUUUAAUUUUAAAAAUACAAUAUAUUUAAACAAAAGGUAAUUUAAAAAUGUGAUUAUUAUUUUAUUGAAUAAUGAUCAUCAAUUCAUCAUUAUACUAUGUAUUAAUAAGAAUAAAAUGAUAUUAUACACCUUAUUUUUAAUAAUAAGUUUAUAAAAGUAUGAAAACCAACAAAAUAAACAAAAUAUUAGUAAUUAUUAAUUAAUAAUAUACUUAUUAUAAUUAAAAACUUCUCAUAAAGUUUAAAAGUCUACAGUUUAUAAAGAUUUAUAAAAUUAAUUUGAUCUUCUACUUCAUCACUACUUAUUAGCCCAUAUCCAUAAGUAUCCAGAAUACUAUCUUCAUCAUCUGAUAAAAAUAUAGUCAAGUCAUUGAUAUUUAAAUUUUAUUUACAAUCUAAAAUGGUUUAUUAUUUAAAAACUUUUUACCACUAUGAUUAUCUGUGUAAAAAUGUAUAAAAUAUUCUGUUUCGAUUAUAAUAUUAAGAUAAUGACUUGAUAUAAAUAUUAUGAUUAAUUUGUUACACAGAUAUUUUGUUCUCCAUUAAUAAGGAAAACAAAUAUAUAAUAUAUAAUAUUAUCAUGUUAUUUAUUUAUGCCUAUUUAAUCGUCGGCGGUAAAGCAACAUUGGGAGUUUAUAAGCUUUUUGGUAGAAUAGAGAUACUGCCGUUUUCGUAGGAAAACAAGAAAAAAUAACUUAAAAAAAAAAAAACAACAUAAGCGGAUAAACUGAAAAAUAAUAAAAAGUGAGUUACAUCCUUCUUCGUUGGGGGCGUCGAUAGGUAUUACCUACUUUACACGUGGAGGGAUGUCACUGUUAUAGGUGUGAAGUUGGGUAGGUAGAGAGAAAAUUGAAUGUAUUAAAUCUACCAAGCCCGGUUUAGGACACGGUCUUAGGUUUAAAAUAUCUUAAAUUGCGGUCUCAAAUAACCCGAUUCGACGGUAUAUCUUAGUUCGUGGUACCAACUAUAAGUCAACGAAUUUCUUAUUAUAUCUACCGGUAUAAAACAAUUCCGUACAUCAACAUACUUUACUAAGCAUACCUGUUUAUAUAUUAGAAUUUAUCGAUAUAAUGGAACUAAUUUCAUCUAUAACUUUUUUUAUUUAUUACUAUUAUUGUCAUAAUUGAUUAUUUAUCUAAACUUGUUUUACCAAUGAACAUUGAAAUUUAAAUGGCAUUUGAAAAUUCUGAAUGUUCUGAUAAUAUUCUUAUCUAUGUAUCACGAUGAUUUUCAGCAGUUCUAUAUCGUAUUUUGUAUCUAUCUUAUCUAUAAUUUGUAAAAUAUUGAUAAUCAUAUUUUUACAGUGUAACCAAUAUACGGGAAGAUUUUUGUCCUAUACCGUAAAAAUACGGGACUGGUGAGAUUUUGUUCAUUCGCUUAGGAUAAAUGGAAAAAGUUUAUUCAGAAAAUUUUUGUUGUAGGGAGAUUUUGUCCUAUUACCGCGUAAUGUUAUGCAACCAAGAUUAGAAGAUUAGUCUAUAUCUGUCUUAAACCAUGGAAGCACGGAAGGACUGACAGACUGGUAACGAAUGUGCAUCAAUGAAAAUGAAAAUAUUUUUUCUAAUGAUUAACUUGUGAUGCCAACAUAAAUAUAUAAUAUAUUUAUGUAUUAUAACCACGAUUUAAGAUUUAAACUGUGAUUAUAUCUUUACGCAACUGCCAACCACACAUAAUAAAAUAAUUGUAUUAUCUAUGACGCCAACGCGGUCGCAAAAGUUAAAUAAUUAAGUUAAAAAUAAAGGUUUGAAAUAUAGG